AGCUAAAACAAUAAUACAUUAAAUAAGCACUUAAGAUAACGUUUUGGCAACCACUAAUCGUGAGAUCUAACCUUGCAACAAGUACGUGACCCUGUGGUCGUAAGCGCAAAAACUAACUAAACCCCCAUAACUCCAUAAAAACAGUGCGACUGCUGCAGACAGUGCGAAAGAUGAGCCAGGGACAGACAGAAGUGCAGCUUUCAGCAUUGCGUCUGAAGUACCGCGAGCGCAAAGAUGCCUUUCUGGAGGAGAAUAUCCAGAUAAAGAAUCCCUUUUGUGUGUUUCGCGAUUGGUUGGAGCUGGCUCUUAAGACGCCGGAGAUCCUAGAGCCCAAUGCCGCAGCCCUGGCCACCGUGAAUCCCGAGGGAAAGCCCUCCAAUCGCUUUGUUCUGGUCAAGGAGGCCACCGCCGAGGGAUUCACAUUUUUCACCAACUACGGGAGUCGCAAGGCCGACGACAUUUUGGCCAAUCCAAAUGUGGCCAUUUCCUUCUACUGGCUGCCUCUCCGACGCAGUGUUCGCAUCGAGGGAGUAGCAGAGAAGAUCUCCAAGGAGGAUUCCCUCAAGUACUUUCAUGAGCGGCCAAGGGCAAGCCAAAUCGGAGCCGCUGCCAGCCCACAGAGUCAGCGCAUUCCCUCCAGAGGCUAUCUGGAUGAAAAGGAAGCAGAUAUCAAAGCCAAACUAGGUCCAGAUGGAGAGGUACCCCUGCCCAAUUGGGGCGGCUAUCUGGUGCGUCCCAAUCUCAUAGAGUUCUGGCAGGGACAGACGGAUCGUCUGCACGAUCGCAUUCGUUUCAGACGUGGCGAUGGAGCGGAGGCGGAGGUCGACGGCAAGCUGGUGCAUGGGGGAGAGGACGGUUGGAUCUACGAGAGAUUGGCUCCUUAAAAAGUGUAAACACUAAAUAGUUAAGAUUCAAAAGCAUUUGCAAUGUCUUCCAAAGCGCUCAGAAGUAGAAAAAUUGAAUUGUUAUUAUAAAUAUGAAGUUAGAAAU